AUGGAGUGUGGCGAGGUUUUAACCGAGCAUCCUCCACUGCCACACAACACACACCCAUCUUCACGAGUUUCUGUUACUAGAACAACUCGAUCUUCCGGUAGAGUGUAUCCUCCGGGAUUUCCUGUAAUGAGACCUCACCAGAUUUCCGCUAAGAAAACACCGCUCCGAACUCAUCUCAGUCCGAUGUACCACUUCUCGAAGACAAAAACCUACAUGGAACAGUGUUUCAAGGUCAUCAAAAUACUAGGGAAUGGUUCAUUUGGACAAGUGUUAGACGUGAAAUGCCUGGAGACGGGAAAACGCUUUGCCAUCAAAAAAGCUUUGCGAACAUUCGAGUCCUCUGGGAAAAGACGUCGACAGUUGUUAGAAGUGAUCAACCACGAAUCCAUCACACCCCAUCCUAAUAUUGUGCGAUUUGAGAAGGCUUGGGAAGAAAGAGGACGUCUUUAUAUUCAAACAGAAUUGUGUGGACCGAAUUUAGACGAUUAUAGAGCUAAAUUUGGACCACUCUCAACAAGGGAACUCUGGACUGUGCUGGAGGAUACACUCAAGGCAUUGAGACAUCUUCACUCCGAAAAGCUCCUGCACUUAGAUGUGAAACCUUCGAAUAUCUUCGUCUCGUUAGACAACACAAUGUGUAAGCUGGGCGACUUCGGAUUGGCAGUAAAUUUAACGAUGACUCCGGCGGAAUGGGCUGAUGAAGGCGAUCGAAACUACAUGGCCCCGGAACUCCUAAAUGAACCUCCAACAUCAGCGGCCGAUAUGUACAGUCUCGGAAUCACAAUGCUAGAGUUGGCUACUAAAGUUGACAUAGAAACUAAUCGGUCUAUGAUCCGGGAAGGCUCCUGGCCGGAAUCAUGGCUUGCCGAUGUCGCAUUAGAAGUCCAAGAGAAAAUCGCCUCACUUCUGAGACACGAACCAAAGUCUCGCCCAUCAGCAGCAGAGCUCUUAGAAGACGUGACAAAAGUUCACUUUAGUAGAGCGACCUUCAAGAGGAUAAGGAGGGUUGAGUCACCUAAGGACAAAGAGUAUUACAUCGAUAAGGAUUGGGAUUUUGAAAGUGAAGAUGUUGUUCAUCCUCCUUCUUUGCGAGCGAAGCGAAAGUACGACAAGACAUUUAUAUCGCCACCACUGAGGAAACGCUUGAUUUUCGAGGAGGAUGGCGAAGAGCCGUCAACACCGAUUGCAGAGGCAAAUGUUGCAGCUCUAUCACUAGAUUCGCUCGACGUCGAGUUCAAGGGUUCACCACCAGUGAAGAAAGCAAAAAUAUCGAGUAUAAAAACGAAAAAAGUAUGUCCGGAUUGA